GGACGUUUUCUGUUUCAGAGCCCUGCGAGAAAACCUUUUGCGCCUGGGGGGCGCAUUGUAUAACCGGACCCGAUGGGAAGGCCGUGUGCCAAUGUCCGCAGCAUUGCCGAACCCAUAGAGAUCCUGUAUGUGGAAGUGAUGGCAUCACCUAUGAGAACCACUGCAAGCUGCGGAUCGCCUCCUGCAGGGCCCGCCUCAACACCAGAGUCAAAUACUCCGGCGAGUGCGAGCAAUCCGAUCCUUGUAAGGACAAGCAGUGUGGUUUCGGGGCCAGAUGUGUGGCUUCUCCUGACGGCCGCAAUGCCAGCUGCCAAUGUCCUGACAAGUGUCCCAACUACGGGGACCACUCCAGUUCUCGUCCAGUUUGCGGCAGCGACGGAGUAGACUACAAAGAUCAGUGUGAACUUAGGAAGGCCGCCUGCACCUCCAACACCAACGUCACCGUCAAGUUCUCUGGAAAAUGCGAUCCUUGUGCUGGGAUAGAGUGCGCGGAGCCGGAAGUCUGCCAACUGGACGACCACCGGAAUCCGGUGUGCCGGUGCGGUGACACCUGUCCACUGGAGUUUACUCCGGUCUGCGGUUCGGACGGCAAGACCUAUUCCAACGAAUGUUCUCUGAGACAGGAGGCGUGUAGAUCGAGGAAAACAUUGAACAUCAUCUAUCGCGGCAAAUGCAGUUCAGGUGUCAACCCAUGCACGAGUGUACGAUGCACGCUAGGUGAGGAAUGCGCCAUAAACAAGUACGGGAUAGCCCGGUGCGAAUGUCCUCCAGUCUGCGAACCCAUCAUGAGACCAGUCUGCUCGAAGGACGGCCGCACUUUCCCAUCGGAAUGCGAACUCAAGAGGUCCGGCUGCAUGGCCAGAGCAAACGUGCAGAUCUCGUAUGCGGGCGUCUGCGGCGAGAUGGGCCCUUGCAGUGAACACGAGUGCCAUUUCGGUGCCACCUGCGUCGAAAGGGCAGGAAGGGCUCAUUGCGAAUGUCCUGUUUGCCCAGCCGAAUUCGAGCCCGUCUGCGGCUCCGACGGCAUCUCGUACGGCAACGAAUGCAAGCUUCGCAUGGAGGCUUGUAAACACCGCAGGGAGAUUAGGGUUUUAUACGACGGUCCCUGCAAUGGCUGCGAAAACAAAAAGUGCGACUUCUAUUCGACCUGCGAGAGCGACGGCGCCACGGAGGGCCGCUGCGUCUGUCCGUUGUACUGCAAAGAUGAGAAGCUCACGAACGGCCCAGUAUGCGGAACAGACGGGGUAACUUACGGCAACGAAUGCGAGCUUAGGAUUGCCUCCUGCAAAUCCAAGCAGUACGUACUGAUGGCAUACAAGGGAGACUGCGAUCUGUGCCAAGGGGUGGAAUGCAAAUUCGGGGCACGCUGCGAAGCCGGAGAAUGCGUAUGCCCUACGAACUGCGAAGGGUCAGGGGAUGAGCCUGUUUGUGCCUCCAACAUGAUCACCUUCCCCAACGAAUGCGAACUUCAGAAGGCCGCCUGCCACCAAACAGCUGGUUCUACUCUAAGCGUAGUCUUCUACGGGGAUUGUAGAGAACGUUUUCCAGUCGCCGGUGCUCUUACUACGUACUCGCCGUCCACUGCGUUUAAUAUAGCUGGAAACGUGUACGGACCGGAGGCGGCCACUGCCGCUCCGCCUUUCGGAUCAACGGGUCUGGCUGGAUUCUUCGACUUGGGUCAGGCUGAGCGAGAAGCUUGUCGCGAUAUACACUGCGACUUCGAAGCCACCUGCGAAUUAGGUCCUGACAACUUUCCUAGAUGUAGUUGUCAAUUUGACUGUGCCAGUGCGGCUGCCCUCGUUUCUACGUCCAAGCCUGUCUGUGCAUCUGAUUUACGAAUUUACCCGUCACUCUGCGCCAUGAAAAUGGAAGCGUGCCAGAGGCAGGAGGAGCUGCGGCUGCGGCCGCUCGACCUCUGUCAAGGCAUGGAAGUGAAACCCUGUAAUGGCGAGAAGCCACUUUCCGAUGCUACCACAGGUAAGGAAUUGGAUUGCGGCAAUGGACCUCAUCGCCAGGAUUGUCCAUCUGGUAGUUACUGUCAUCAAACCACUAGAUUUGCCAGGUGCUGCAAUAAAGAUCAAAGUAUAUUGAUGCAAAAAAGUUGCGAGGAUGGUUGGUACGGUUGUUGUCCGGAUGGUAAGACGGCCGCACAGGGGCCUGACCAUGCUGGAUGUCCAUCUCUAUGCGGAUGCAACAAGUUAGGUUCCUACUCGGACACUUGCGAUCCGGACACGAUGCAAUGCAAAUGCCGACCAGGAGUCGGAGGCGAGAAGUGCGAUAGGUGCGAGCCGGGCUUCUGGGGAUUACCGAAGAUCUCUGCUGGCCAUCACGGUUGCAUACCUUGCGCAUGUUCAACGUUCGGUUCCGUGAGAGAUGAUUGCGAGCAGAUGACUGGUAGAUGCGUCUGCAAACCCGGUAUUCAAGGUCAAAAGUGCACCAUCUGCACAAACCACGAUAAAGUGCUGGGUCCGAACGGUUGUGUUCCAGUUGACCAAAGCACUGCUCCGCCGACAACUUGCAAGGAAUUGACCUGUCACUUCGGAGCUACUUGCAUUGCUAAAGGUGGUUUAGCCAUCUGCGAAUGCCACACCGAUUGUCCCGAAGAGAGCGAUCCCCAGAUCGUUUGUGGAAGCGAUGGACAGACGUACGCGUCAUCCUGUCAACUACGUUUGGUAGCCUGCAGGCUCCAGAAAGACAUCGUCGUUCAAGCGUUUGGAACUUGUAAAGAGGAUAUGUUUCCGGGAACAGAUUGGCCUGUCCGUCGUUACACUCCUCUGCAGUUUACGCAGCCGGACGACUCGAACUCACCCCUAUCGAAGUCGACGCGACACCUCUUGGUUCCCGAUUCUCGAUACUAUUACGAGAGGGAACGCAGCGGAUCCUUGCACCGACCCGUCCACGGAGGUGGGCCAUUCCCACCCGACCCGGACAACAAUGCCUCCGCCGAAAAUAACCUGUCCGCUGCAGGAUCCGAUAGCAUUUACGAUAACCGCGGCGGAAACUAUGCAGCCGCUUACAGACCUACCCCUGCGACGGUACGAGUAGUAACAGCCCUUCUGGGUGAUCUCUGCUCUGACAAUUUAGAUUGCAUGAUAAUGUACAGUAGCUGCGAACAAGGCGCUUGCACCUGUCUUCCUGAUUAUUCGGAAUCACCUGAUCGUCAAGAAUGCAUCGCCGAUCCAAAUCCUACUGAUGAAUUCCGAGCAUGCAGCUCUGCACCCUGCUUACACGGAAGCACAUGCGUGGAUUUACCUUCGGCGACGUUUACUUGUGUAUGCCAUGUUAAUUAUACUGGACCCCACUGCGAGACGGAGAUUGUUCAUAAACAGUACGAAGUACCUGCGUUUGAUGGUCGCUCCUAUGCUAGGUUGAAGCCUUUGAAAGCUUAUCAUAAGCUUAGCAUUGAAGUUGAGUUUAAGACUUAUGCUAAUGAUGGUAUUAUUCUCUACAAUCAGCAGAAAGCUGAUGGGGUCGGUGACUUCGUGUCUUUGGCUAUUGUUAAUGGAUUUGUGGAGUUCAGAUAUAACUUGGGGAACGGCGCUGUGGUCAUCACGUCGCUCGAUAGGGUUCAGUUGAAAAAGUUCCAUAGAGUCGUUAUAAAGAGAUACCAUCGGGAUGGCAUGCUGAAGUUGGAUGAAGGCGAGGAUGUCGCAGGACAAUCGGCUGGAACUCUUCGCGCAUUGGACCUCGUUGAAGACACUUUCAUAGGUUUCAUACCAACAAAUUACUCCAGGGUUUACGAGAAUGUAGGUGUUGAUAGAGGACUACAGGGAUGCAUCAGGAAACUGAAGAUUGGUCGACGGACAGUCGAAUUGCAUGAGCACCGUGACGAAUGGGUGGUUAGGACUGAAGGGGUGCAUGAGUGCGGCGAAAACCCUUGUUCCAGCGUUCCUUGUCAGAACGGUGGCCAGUGUCAAGCCAUAGAUUCCGAGCUGUACCAUUGCGAAUGCGGACCUCAUUUUACGGGCGACUUCUGCGAGAACAUGAUUGAUCCUUGCCUCUCGAAUCCUUGCGGUGGUGGCUCCACAUGCGAUUCCCUCACCAGCGGCAACUUCUUCUGCAAAUGUCCUCCCGGUCGGAAAGGAGACGUCUGCGAAAUAAUGGAUAUCGACAGGGAUAUUUCUACCCCCGAAUUCAACGGCUCCAGUUUCAUGCAAUUCCCGCGGCUGGAAGGGAUUAGCAAGACGUUUUCCAUAGAAGUUUCCUUCUUAAGCAAAGUUUCCAACGGCUUAAUACUCUAUAACGGCCAGAUGAAAAAUGGAAAAGGUGACUUCAUAUCUUUAGCACUUGUCCACGGACACGUCCAAUUCCGCUUUAAUCUCGGCAGCGGCAUCGCGAAUAUUACAUCAAAGGAUACCAUUACACUUGGCGAAUGGCACUGGCUUCGAAUCUACAGGAACGGACGAGAAGGCAUUCUUCAGCUGGACAACCAUACUCUAGUACGCGGCUUCUCGGGUCCAUCGCUGACUGAACUCAAUUUAGAACUACCUUUCUACAUCGGAUCUGUUCUCUCUUGGAAGGAGGUGCAUCGAUUGGCUGGGGUAUCGAAGGGAUUCCGAGGUGCCAUCCAGCGAAUCCUGCUGAAUGGACAACCUAUACCCAUAGCCGGUAAAUUACCAGAAUGCUCCUUCGCACCUGUCAACGCGAGCGGAUGUGCGUUCCAAGUGAGCGUCCACGACGGAUCCCCGUGUCCUUUGGGGAAGAAUCCUUGCCAGAACAAUGGGCUUUGCGUUCCGGAUCUGAGCAAUUACAUUUGCCAAUGUCAGGACGGAAAUGAGGGGAAACACUGCGAAAUCUCUCGCGACGAGACUUCAUCGAUCAAAUUCAGCGGCGGCACUUAUCUGCAGUACAAGAACAGAGGCUACAAAAGCGAAAACGAUACUUCCAGCUCGAAUGGCGAGUAUUUGGAUGAGGAUGAGGACGAGGACGAGCUCGCCGAGGAAGAGCGAGACCUCUAUUUAGAUUACGAGGAGGACGAAGAUUACGAUGCUAACUUUUAUGAUUCAUUAGGGAGGAAGGGCGAGCGUGGAAACCGCUACGAGUUCAAGUUGCGAACUUUCGUUCCGGAUGGGCUGCUCCUUUGGAGGAGCAAAAACAAAAACUUGAAGGAGGAUUACUUUUCUAUAGCUAUUGUUGACGGCUUUCCGGAGAUGAGCUACAACUUGGGAAGGCAGAAGAGUUUUUGGGCAAUAAGAUCAAAGACAAGGGUGGACGAUGGCCAAUGGCAUACGAUACACGUCAGGAGGAGGAAACGGAACGGCUUCAUAUCCGUUGAUGGAAACGCUGUGACAAAGGGCAUUUCCGAGCCCGGUGCCAUUUCUCUGAGCACAAAUUCAAAAUUAUGGAUUGGUGGAAUGCCUUCGCUGCCGCCUGGAUUGCCGUCUCCUUACUACAGCGGCUUCGAGGGUUGCAUACAGCACAUUCAAAUCAACGGAAAGCCAAUGAACAUGUUGAAACACAACGACUCCAAUCUAAUUCAAUUCUGCCACGAUAAUGAAGUCUAGGCGAAGUAAAUCAAUUUAUACACUAAUUAAGACGAUGAAUAUUAAUAAUGAGAAGGAAAAAGAAAAAAAAAAGAUAAUGAAGAGAAAAAAAAAUCCAAGUUAAUUAUAUUAUAUAGAUUUUAACAACUGUGAGACUGAUGUGUAUUCUAUACUUUUCCAUAAACAAAAAAAAAAUAUAAAUAUAUAUGAGACGAAAAAAAUAAUAAUAUAGUAGAAUU